UUCUUCCAUGCAUCACAGAUGACCGUUAAAGGUUGUCCUAUCUCAUGAUGAUUCCUUCUCCUUCCCGGGGUUACUAACAAGACGAUUCAAAUCUUCUUCUCCUCUAUGUUGACGAUCGUUUCUCACCGUGCACAACUCAGAGGUCAAUACGUCGAACACAUCGAAAGUUAGGGAGUAACGGCAACGAUGGAGUCGGAGCAAGCGGCGCCUCUCCUCCCGGCGAUCGAGUCGCGCCGCGACGACGAGCUUUACUGGCUCCGGUCCUGCCUCAGGUGGAUGUGUCAAGACCAGUCGAACGCCGUCCUCGCGGUGGUCUCGUGGGUGGCCCUCUUCGUCCUCGCCGUGGCCGUCCCAGCCAUGGCCCACUUCAUGCUCUCCUACCGCCGCCCCUACGACCUCGUCGUCCAGCUCUCCCUCACCGUGGCCGCCGCCCUCUCCUUCCUCACCCUCUCCGCCGCCACCCACCGCUAUGGCCUCUGCCACUUCUUCUUCCUCAACAAGCUCCCCGGCCAGAGCGCCCGCGUCCGCCUCGCCUACGCCGCCCAGCUCCGCAGCUCCUUCCGCCUCCUCGCGCUCUUCAUCGCGCCAUGCUGCGCCGCCGAGGUCGCCUACAAGCUCUGGUGGUACUCCUUCAGCGCCAUCCGGAUCCCCUUCCUGGGGAACCGGGUGGCCACCAGCUGCGUCGCGUGCGCGCUGGAACUAGCAUCGUGGACCUACCGCGCCGCGAGCUUCUUCGUGGUGUGCGUGAUGUUCCGGUCCAUCUGCCACCUGCAGAUCCUGCGGCUGCAGGAGUUCGCGGUGGCGUUCCAGGCGGAGUCGGAGGCGGUGGCGGUGCUCAACGAGCACCUCCGCUUGAGGAGGCAGCUCAAAGUGAUCAGUCACAGGUUCCGCGGGUUCAUCCUCUGGGGGUUGAUACUAGUGACAGCGAGCCAAUUUGCGGCCGUCUUGGUCAUCACCCGACCGCACUCCGACGACAACCUCUUUAACAUCGGAGAGCUCGCGCCCUGCUCAAUUGUGCUUGUGACCGGCAUGCUUAUCUGCCUGCACAGUGCAGCAAAAAUAACCCACAAAGCUCAAGCUCUCACAAGCCACGCCGCGAAGUGGCAUGGUUGUGCCACCGUCGAGUCUUUCUCUAUAGACCCCGAGGCAGCCUCUGAGGUCAUCACCGGUGGCGACGGUGACUCCGACGAGGAAGAGGACAGCGAGGAGGACGAAUUGGAGGACACGAAGAUCGUACAUCCUCAUGUCCACACCAUUUCGUUUCAGAAGCGACAAGCACUUGUGACAUACCUGGAGAACAAUGGGGCAGGAAUCACCAUAUUUGGAUUCACGGUGGAUCGCUCCUGGCUUUGCACCCUAUUCACGCUUGAAAUUUCUCUGUUCUUGUGGCUUCUGGGCAAGACAAUUGGGAUCUCCUGAAGCCAUAUCUUCUCCUUCAUUCAGCUCCUUCUUGUUCUUCCUCUUUGUGUGUGUCUGUACAGUUUCUAAGGUCUUGUAUAUAUAAGCUGUUGAUCCAUCCCUUAGCUGCUGUCCAGUUUCUCAUUAUGUUUACGACUUCUGUUCCUCUAUGUGGUACUUGGAGUCUGUAUACUACAUUUUCUGAGCUGAAGGUUUUAUACAUGUAAAUAUAUACCAGUUCUCACUAAAAUAUACAAUAUUACUCGG